AUGAACAGCACUAGCCCCAAGAGAACCCCCGAUUCCGAGCUCAACUUGGCAGCUCGUCAUCCUGAUCGACAAACCUUUUUGAAUAUCAACGAGACAGAAUCUGAGCGAGUGCGAAACUGUCACAAGUGCUUUUUGGAGGUUGCAUACGGAGAGGAUCCACUGCAAAGAAUGGAUAUCUUUCCUUCUCCUGUUGUCAAUUCGCCCAUUCUGGUGUUUAUUCAUGGAGGAUACUGGAGGAGUCUGGACAAAAAGAGUUACAGUUUUGUGGCCGAAGCGUUUGUGGCCAAGAACGUCACUGUUGCUGUGAUCAACUAUCGACUUAUUCCUACAGUGGAUAUGUUGCGUUUACUCCAAGAUGUCAAGGACAGCGUGGAAUUUAUCCAAAAACAUGCAACUGACUACAAUGGGAACCCGUCCCAGAUCGCUCUGAGUGGACAUUCGGCAGGUGGGCAUUUGGCCCUGAUGACCUACUUGAUGAAUCCAUCCAUGCAACCCAGUGUUCCAGCGAUAUGCAGCUUGAGCGGAAUCUUUGAUCUCAAUGCUAUCCGACACAGUUAUUUGAGUGACGACACCCUCCAACUAUCACCAGAUGAUGUGGGACAGUUCAGUGCUUCCAACAAAGAUUUGGCAGCCGUCAAGUGUUCUACACUGAUUGCCGUGGGUGGAGGUGAGACAACCUUCUUCGUGGAGGAAUCCAAAAAGAUUGCCAAGGCACGUCCAUCUUUCCGAUACCACGAAUACGACAAUCUCAACCACUACCAAAUAGUCCAUUUGCUGGGGGCGUUUCAGCAAGAUGAUGUCAUGAUUCCAUUUCUUCUAGAGAAGCUACUGGGAAGCAAAGAAAGCUGA